AUGGCGAAGCGCCCCUCCAUACGCGCGCGCGCCACCGCUCGCUCCACCACCGCCUCCGCCCAACCUACCCAUUCAGCGAAGGCAGCACAUCCUUCCGCCCAAACCCGGCCAGCACACCCUGCGAACCUGCCCACAAACAAGAAGACCAGGCGCAUACAGAAACACAAUGAUCUCAUGACUCGGGUGCGCGAUGCUGGAGUGUCAAAGCAGGCCUCCAUGAAGAAGCGGAGACGACCUGCCAAGAAAAUGCCCGCGGCCGAAGGGCUCGGAGAUCUAAGCGCGGCGUUGCCAGAGCUUUCGGACGACGAUGGCAGUGGCGCGGACGGAGGAGGGAGUGAAGGGAGCUGGGAGGGGUUCGACGACGACGAGCAGAUGGACGACAAUCGUAGUACGGCCAAGAGGAGACGGAGGAGGGUAGCAGCGGGGCAGGAUGGCAAGAUCCAGAUGCGCAGUUUGAAGAGCAGACCCGGGGCGAUGAAGAAGAAGCGGGCGAUGGAGGGGCGAGAGGUCGACAGGUUCUCGCGGAAUCUGGCGUUGCUCACUUCGAACGGGGACGCGGGGCAGGGUGGUGAGGCGUGUGGGAAGGGUGGAGGCGUUCAGGCGCGUGAAGGAACAGCAGGGCAGAGUGGCAAGUGGGCGGCGCUGAGGCGGUUCAUCGAGGGGACGAUGGUCAAGGACACUGCUUUCAGGGGAGGAUGA